CCAGACUCGCGACGGAGACCAGCAGCGCCAGAGUGGCAUACCAACCGUUGUUCAUUUCCUCUCCUGUUUUAUUACCUUCUUAAUUGUAUUCAUUUUAAUAAAACUUUUCUCUUUCAAAAUGUCUUUCUGGGACUCACUCAGCGGCCGCAAACAGUCCAAGGGCCCCGAAUUCGACCCUUCCACCGCGCAAGAUGCUACGUCGUUCCUCUCGGAGGUCGCCAUCCCUGAUCCUACCUCGCUCCACCCCUUGGCUGGCCUGAACCAGGAUACCCUCGAUUAUAUCACCCUCGAAGACUCUGCCCUUGAUCAAACACCUGGCUCGCAAUCACUUUUGCCAUCUCGUGGAUGGUCCGAUGAUCUGUGUUAUGGAGCCGGAACAACGUACCUUGCUGGUUUGACCAUUGGAGGCGCAUGGGGUCUUGCUGAAGGCAUGAAGAAGGUGCCUGCAACGGCACCCCCCAAGAUUCGCCUUAACGGUGUCCUGAACGCUAUCACAAGGAGAGGUCCUUUCCUCGGAAACUCCGCCGGUGUGGUGGCCAUGGUAUAUAACGGCUUUAACUCGGGAAUCGGAUAUGCGCGAGGAAAACAUGACUCUGCCAACAGUAUCGUUGCGGGUGCCCUAAGUGGUAUGGUCUUCAAGAGCACCAGGGGUCUUAAGCCCAUGAUGAUCUCUGGCGGUAUUGUGGCUUCUAUUGCAGGAGGCUGGGCUCUUAUGCGCAAGACCCUUCUGUAGAUGCCGCUCGUUCCGUUUCGUUGUAUUCUAGCACUCGAACCGAGUCGACCUCCAUUCGCCAACAGUUGUCCGAAAUGAUUGUCCAUUAAGGGUUUGUUUCAGCAAAGCGGGAGGGUGUUGUUUUUUUUUUAAUUUACUUUUGGUCCACGCUGUAUUAGAACGAUUUUUCUUGUUAUUCCUCGAAUCUCUUCCCUCCGGCGCUCGAAGCAUAUGCAUUAUCCAUGGUUGGGACCGGCAUGGUAAUGGGUCUAAAUUUUCCUGUACAUAUAGCGGUCCCCUGCGUUUAUGGGUUCUUGAUGGCGAAAUGCAGGUUUUAUUUCGUCCUGUCUAGUGAUCUUAAUUCCUUAGGAGCUCACAAUGAAAGACUCGAUGCCAAAACGAAAUCAUUCACCUCCGGAGCAAUCGCCAACUUUGAUGCUAGUACUGCAACAGACAAUCUCUGUUUUGCGCGUCUUCCCUGGCCUUCUGGUGCAGUUUGAUUAAAA